AAAUUACCGAGGGGAUGUGGACAUGGGGGUCAUUGAGAAGUUCAUGCCUCUCGUUUUGGAGAGGGAGGAUGAUGGCAACAUGGCACCAAUCAUACAGACUCAGGAGGCAACCUUUUGUUUUGUGAAAGUCAGCAAUCUAUACGUUGUGUCAGCCACACGGAUAAAUGCCAAUGUGACAUUGGUGUUUGCGUUUCUGCACAAACUUGUAGCUGUUGCUCAAGAAUAUUUUAAGGAAUUGGAAGAGGAGAGUAUCAGGGACAACUUUGUCAUCAUAUAUGAGCUGCUAGAUGAACUUUUGGAUUUUGGCUACCCACAGACUACAGAUGGCAAGAUUCUUCAGGAAUAUAUCACGCAAGAGGGUCAUAAAUUAGAGAUUGCUCCACGACCUCCCAUAGCUGUUACAAAUGCUGUGUCUUGGCGCUCGGAAGGCAUCAAGUAUCGCAAGAAUGAAGUCUUCCUUGAUGUUAUUGAGGGUGUUAAUCUUCUGGCUAAUUCAAAUGGCAAUGUGCUCCGUAGCGAGAUUGUUGGGAGCAUCAAAAUGCGUGUGUACCUCUCAGGAAUGCCAGAGUUGCGGUUAGGGUUGAACGAUAAGGUACUGUUUGAGUCGACAGGACGGGGUAAAAGCAAGAGUGUGGAGUUAGAGGAUGUCAAAUUCCACCAAUGUGUCAGACUGUCCAGGUUUGAAAAUGAUCGCACUAUCUCCUUCAUUCCUCCUGAUGGUGAAUUUGAGCUCAUGUCAUACCGACUCAAUACACAUGUGAAACCACUUAUAUGGAUUGAAUCUGUGAUUGAACGACAUGCCCACAGCAGAGUUGAGUACAUGGUGAAAGCUAAAUCCCAGUUUAAAAGACGUUCAACAGCCAACAACGUAGAGAUCAUUAUUCCAGUACCUAAUGAUGCUGACUCUCCAAAAUUCAAAACAUCUGUGGGCUCUGUCAAGUAUACGCCAGAGAAAAAUUGUGUUGUUUGGACAAUUAAGUCAUUCCCAGGAGGUAAGGAGUACUUAAUGCGGGCCCACUUUGGAUUACCCAGUGUAGAAGGUGAAGAUGUGGAGGGCAAGCCUCCCAUUCAGGUGCGCUUUGAAAUACCCUACUUCACUACUUCAGGAAUCCAAGUGAGAUAUCUGAAGAUCAUUGAAAAAUCUGGCUAUCAAGCGCUUCCAUGGGUUCGAUAUAUCACCCAAAAUGGCGACUACCAGUUAAGGACACACUAAAAUUCUCAAUUUUUGGUAAACUUUUUUCCAAUUGCUAGAAAAUUACAAAGCUCACUUCUACUUUCCAUCAAAGUUUAAACAAUCAUUUAAGAAAAAGCUCUCACUGCAUGAUCUUAUGUUGUCUGAUCUUAGUGAUGUACAGUGAGUACACCUGGAUUAUCUUGGUUGAUCAGAUUUUGAUUUCAUAAGAAUCAUUAUCCUGAUUUCAUAUGCUGUAUUUGAUAAGAAAUGUAAUGUAACUUAAUUAAUCCUAUUUGCCCCUUUGUUCUUCAUCUUUCUAGCUGAAUUCCUACACGUGUUCUUUCACCUCUUCAUAAAUAUCAUUUCUUCGUCAUAGCAUUUGACUUAAAGUCAGCAGAAAUUAUUAAUCAGAAUAUUGAGAGUUUUGUUUUGCAAGGGCCAGAAAUUUGAGGUAUCCUUGAAUAACCUGAAGUUGAGAAUGAAGCACAUUAAACUUUAUAGUCAAUGAGACCAUAUAUUGGGUUGGUAUUCUUCACCUACAGUAAGAUGUACUUCAUUGUAGGAUAUGUCUCAUCAUUGGCUCAUUUUAUAGUGAGAAUGAAAUGACUACUUUUAUAAGAAACUUGAAUACAGAUUAUAUAUUUAUUGAAAUAUAUAUUUUCUUCCUUGUCUCUUGGCAUGUGUGGUUAAGAGUAAUUCUUUGCAGCAGAUUUUUGCCUUUAAAACUUAGCAAAAUUUUCCAUUUGAGCCUUUAAAACUUAGCAAAAUUUUCCAUUUGAAAAUAGGCAUCUUGAUCAAAUAAUUUUUAUUCAAACUAUUUUAUUUAUUUGUAUCAAUAAUUGCUUGUACAGUAUACCUUAUUUUUGUAUUCAGGAUGGGGCAGCAUAAGUGCCUCUUAAUAUGUAUAGAAUUUGCUUUACAUUCCAGUUUAGUUGCAUCUGUCUUGUUUAGGGUAUUUAUGAUCAGAAAGAAAAUAAGUAAUCUUUAAAACCCUUUCACUGUCUGUCACAUAUUGAUGUCAGGUCAGUCACAUAGAUCUGUCAUGAGUUCGUCUUGCUUGGAUAGGUUGUGAGAGGUAAAUUUUGGCCAAGAUAUGAAAGAAUGGGUCUGUGCAGUGAGUGUGCACAGUAUAUAAAAAAAAUCCUUCCUCACAUGGUGCAUGAUGGGAAAAAGCAAAACUCUGACCUUGUGUGUGGAUGGUUCUUAUGGUUUUAUUGGCUGUUAUACAUUAUAGGGUUUACCUCACUGUUAUUUCCUUAAAAAUUUAAGAUAAAUUAUUAGAUAUUUGGAUAUUUUACCAAGAGACAUUUGCUAAUAUUGCUGCUUGAAUUGGUUUAAAAAAUAUUCAUUGUUAGUAUUUGACCAUUAAUAAACACUUGCCAGUCUAUUUUUUUUAAAGAAUAAUAUCUCCCAGAUAAUUUUAUGGAAAUUAAUUGAUUAAACAAGGAAACAUGUUAAAUUUCCUAUGACAAAAAUAUUAUUAUGGUAGUUGAUUACACAGAAUAGAAGAUUAAAAACAUGGCAAAACUCUGACCUUGUGUUUGGUUUCAGUAACAACUUUUGAGGUGUUUUCUAUGAUGGAUCUUAUAGUUUUAUUGGCUGUUUCAUUAUCAUUUGAUAGAAUGAAAGACAUACUAGUGAAAUAAAUAUGAUUGAGUUGGUUCUAGCACCUGACGAGGAUGGGUGAGGCCCUUCUACACCCCCUCUGAUCUGUUUUAUGGGUGUUUUACUAGGUUUGAGUCAGUUAUUGGGAUACCAUAAACCAUGAUCAGUUAUUCUUGGUUAUACAUUAUUAUCUGAGAAAUAGGUUAAAUCUCUAUUUUUUUGUGUGAUGAAUUCAAAAUGGAAGGCGAGUGUAAUAUAAAAGAGGCCUGGGGAUAUUAUUAAUGAACAGAGGAAAUGUUUAGUGCCUGGAAUAUCUACAGUAUUUAUUUUAAAAUGGAUUAUUUUUUAAUAGGGUAGUUUUGAUUGUUGAAUGGGUGAUUUCUUGUACUCAUUUGAAAGAACGGAAGGUGUACUAGUGAAAUAUUUAAGAAUUUGGUUAAAUUGAGGAUUGGAAUUGGCAUUAAAUAGAACUCAAAAUCAGCGAAAUCACCAAUGCUUAAAUUGUGGCCAGACUGCUAACUUUGUGCCUGUGUAAUUUCAUAAGUUUUCUGUCAAAUUUUGCAUUUUUGGCCUCAUUACUGUCAUAAAAAAGAUUCUUUACCACUUUAUUUGUUUUUUUAAAUGUGGACACUGAGUACUUUCAAUUUUGUGAGUCUGGACAGUGAAAGGGUUAAUUGUACACAAGUAACCCGAAGAAGAAGAGAGAAGCUUACGACGACGUUUUGGUCCGUCUUGGACCAUGUACAAAGUCACACUAACGAGAAGGAGAACAGGAUGGGUAUAUAUAGGCAGGAGGUGGUAGUAGUAGUAGUGGUAGUAGUGGAGAUGGAAGGAAGUAGUAGUGGGGAGGUAGUAAGAGUAGAAGGGGCAGACAAAUACUAAGAAAGAGGAGCACUGCAAGGGAGCUGGUGCCCACAGAGGGUAAGAGCAAGAACACCGAGGGGGGGGGGGAACAAAUAAAUAAGUAAAUAAAGAAGGAACAAAUACACAGGGCAGAAGAAAGACAACCCAAAGGAGAAAAAGGAAAAAGGAAAGGGGAAGAGGGAGAAGAAGAAAAAAAGAGGAAUCAGGUUAGAUCACGAGUGUUCUUAAGUUUGGAGCAUUUUACAAUGUAGUGGGAGAGGAAGGCAUCUACAGAGACGAAGCCAGGACUAAGAUUCAUACAAGGAAAGCUGUGUAUUAGGGAGGACUCAACCAGAUGGCGACUGUUAAAGUUGAAAGUAGGGAAGACAGUUUUAGCAGAAGACCAGUCAGUAGGAUAGCUGCGAUCUCUGACAUGACAGAAAAGAGCAUUGUUAGUGUUGGCAAGCCUAACACUAUUUUUGUGAGCCCCAACUCUGUCAGAAAGAGAUCGACCAGUUUCUCCAAAGUAUUGAAGAGGACAGGAGGAACAAAAAAUAGAGUAGACACCAGGAGCAUCUGUAGAGGGAGGAGAGGUAUGAACGAGAUUAGUGCAAAGAGUGUUAGUUUGGCGGAAAGUAAGUUUGAUGUCUAAGGAACGGAGAUAGUUGUUGAGAUUAGAAAGACCAGAAAUGUAGGGAAGGCAGAGGACAGAAGAGUUCCCAGGAGUAGAGAGUUUGGUAGAGAAGAAAUUAUGUUUAGCACGUGAGAGGGCAGAGUCUAUGAAAUGGGAAGGGUAGCCAAGAUGGGAAAAUGAAUUAUGAAGGGUGGAAAUUUCUGGUUGAAGGAACUGAGGAUCACAUAUGCGGAGAGCAUGGAGAAAGAGGGAGAUAACACUUUUUUUGACAGAGGAAACAUGAUAAGAAAAGUAGUGAAUGUACAUGCCACUGUGCAUAGGCUUGCGGUAAACAGAAAAGGCAAAACCUGUAUCUGAGUGGUGGACAUGAACAUCAAGAAAAGGAAGCAGUGCUCCUCUUUCUUAGUAUUUGACUGCCCCCUCCUACUCUUACUACCUCCCUACUCCUUCCUUCCACCUCCACUACUACCACCCCCUGCCUAUAUAUACCCAUCCUGCUCUCCUCGUUAGUGUGACUUCGUAAAUGGUCCAAGUCGGACCGAAAUGUCAUAAGCUCCUCUCUUCUGUGUGCAGGUUAUUUGUGUAUAGUUCGAGUCACAGUAUUGUGCCUUUUUUGUUAUUUAAAUGGUUAAUUAACUGUUGUAACAUCACACAUUAAUCGUCUUGGUAAUGAACAUAAUGUGUCAUAAAAUAAAAAGUAUUCAGUUAAUAGUCAUACACAUUUUCAUUUUGAGUACUUAUUUUUCAAUGCAAAAUUUGAAAUUUACAUUAAUCUCCAAUUGUGUUUUGAUGCAAAAUAUCAGUGUUUCUGUAAAAAUAUAAAACCUUGCUUGGAGGCAAAUUCAUAAUUGCCUUGCACUGAUCAGUUACUGAAAAUGCCAUACCAUACCAUAAAUGUGUGUAUUGUACUUGUUUGGGAUCAAGCAGGAAUUGCAGAGUAGGUCAAAUGUAUUACUAGUGCAUUGUCAGUUUAGAUUUUCAUGUGUAAUUCAUGGUUGGCAAAAUUAUAACAGCUUUUUUACAUUUUCCAUAAUUGUCUAAAUACUUUUAAUAUAUAUUUGCUUUGAAAUAUGAUGGAGUGCUUUUCACAUUUAUUUCUGAUUGAUGUAGCUAUAAAGCUACAUCACACAGAUGAUUUUAAAACCUUGUGCAGAAGAAUUGUGUACAUAGUUUUAAUAUUUUAAAUGAUGGAUUUACUAGAUAUUUAGUUUUAUUAUAAUGCUUUAUGCUAGUUGUGAUGAAGGUUAGUGCAGGAUCCUAGAAUAUUGUGGAUAAUGUUUGUUAUAGUUUACAUUAUAGGGUUUACCUCACUGUUAUUUCCUUAAAAAUUUAAGAUAAAUUAUUAGAUAUUUGGAUAUGUUGCCAAGAGACAUUUGCUAAUAUUGCUGCUUGAAUUAGUUUAAAAUAUUCAUUGUUAGUAUUUGACCAUUAAUAAAUAAACACUUGCCAGUC